AUCUUCGAAACCAAAAUCUCUCUCUCGUUUGACUUUCUCUCUCUCCCGUCGUCUCACCGGAAAAAACAAGAGACAAAAACCGACGGGAGAGACGAAGAAAGGAAUGAGCUAGGAAAGGAGGACGUGAGAAGAUAUCAUCAAAGGAAGAAGAAAGAGAAGGAGUCAUGGCUACAGAUUUCUUUUGGUCUUACACCGAUGAGCCUCAUGCUUCUAGGAGACGUCAGAUUCUCUCUCGUUAUCCUCAGAUUAGACAACUCUUUGGUCCUGAUCCAUGGGCUUUCCUCAAGAUCACAUUAGUAGUUAUUCUUCAACUUUCAACAGCUGCAAUCCUUCACAACUCAGGAUGGCUCAAGAUUCUAACCAUUGCUUACUUCUUUGGAUCAUUCCUCAAUCACAAUCUCUUCUUAGCAAUCCAUGAGUUAAGUCACAACCUUGCCUUUUCAACUCCUGUCUACAAUCGUUGGCUCGGUAUUUUCGCCAAUCUCCCAAUCGGUGUACCAAUGUCGGUAACUUUCCAAAAAUACCAUCUCGAGCAUCAUCGGUUCCAAGGAGUAGACGGUAUUGAUAUGGAUGUUCCUACUUACACAGAAGCUCAUUUAGUAACCAAUAUCUUUGCCAAAACAAUUUGGGUUUUCUUACAACUCUUCUUUUACGCUCUUCGUCCGGUCUUCAUCAAACCAAAACCACCUGGUUACUGGGAGUUCAUCAAUUUCUUCAUUCAGAUAGUUUUAGAUGUAUCAGUUGUUCUCUUCUUCGGAUGGAGAUCUUUCGCGUAUCUAAUCUUAUCCACAUUUGUUGGAGGCGGAAUGCAUCCAAUGGCGGGACACUUUAUCUCAGAACAUUAUGUUUUUAACCCGAAUCAAGAGACUUAUUCGUAUUACGGUCCACUGAAUCUGCUAACAUGGAGUGUCGGCUACCAUAACGAGCACCAUGAUUUCCCGAGGAUACCGGGACAUAAGCUGCAUUUGGUGAAGGAGAUUGCAGGAGAGUAUUAUGAAGGAUUGGAGUCGUAUAAGUCAUGGUCACAAGUGAUUUAUAUGUAUAUUAUGGAUAGAACAGUUGGACCUUAUAGCAGAAUGAAGAGGAAGCUCUCAACUACACAUAAGUUUGACUAAUUUACUUUCUUCUUUUUUUUUUCAAUACUUUGUUUUUGUUUUUACAACAAACUCUGUUUUUUUGU